CUCCUCUUUCUUUCUUUUGUUUGCUUCUUUUCUCUAAAAUGGAGCAGAUCCGACAUUUCAGCCACCAGCACAUGUUGAACUUGGUAGAGGUGGGUAAGGAUACUGACGCCGAGCGUUGCAUCGGCUGCGGUAGUUUCUUCCACGGUCCAGCUUAUACUUGUAAACAAUGUCCUGGUUUUUUCUUCCACAAGUCAUGCGUUGAAUUGCCCCGUCAAAUAAAAAAUCAUGCUUUUCACCAAGAGCACCCGCUGACACUCUAUCCAAUGGAUUCGUUCGUCUGUGAUGGAUGUGGAGAGGUGUGUGCGGGCUUGUUUUACUGGUGCGGUUUAUGCAUUUUCAGCCUCGAUGUCAAAUGUGCUACUUUAAAUCAGGAGCUUGCUAAAAAUAAGGCUCAGAAAGGGAAGGAAAUUAAAAUCCUAAUCAACCAUUUCAGUCACAACCAUCAGCUGACUCGCUGCAUAUUCCUUUCGCCCCCAGGGGAGAAGAAUGAAGUACCUUGUAUGGCAUGCAAACAAAACAUCCAUGGUAAACUGAUCUAUUCUUGCCAGUCUUGCUUAUUCGUCCUUCAUGAGUCUUGUCUUAUUAACAUGCCAGAGCAAAUUAAAAGCUCCUUUCACCCGGAACAUCCUCUUCUUGCUCAACCGCUUGCUAGGGGUUCUGUAGUUGAAUGCGGUGGUUGUAGCGAUGGAGUCUAUGGUAUCAGCUUCAGCUGUAGUGAAUGCAACUUCGACUUCCAUGUCUCAUGCGCCAAGUACCAAACUCGUGCCAUAAAACAUAAUUGUCAUGUUCACCCUCUUUUACUUUUGGAGAAGAGCAAUAUCCGUUACAGACAGAGAUCUCUUAAGUGUAAGGAAUGCGGUGAAUAUUGUGAGGAAGCCUUCUUGUGCUGCAAAAAGUGUAAAUUCUAUAUACAUCUCGAGUGUGUUCCACUACCCUCUAUUGUUAAACAUAUUCGUCACUUACAUUUGCUUAAACUUAAAAAUUCUGUGGUCGAAGAUGAUUGUAAUGAAUAUUAUUGCGAUGUGUGUGAAGCGAAAAGGAAUCCAAAUCAUUCUGUGUACUUUUGUGAAGAAUGCAAUUAUAUCACGCAUAUUCAUUGUGUGAUGUCUGAGGUUGAACCUCCUGAAUGGAUAUCAUCAUAUCUAGUUCCACGACCAGGAAAAGAGAAGCCUGACAAAGGAGAUCAAAUUACUAGCAAAAUGGAUGGCAAACUGUUGGAAGGGGAAGGGAUAAAGCACGGGAGAACAGAAGAGAAGUCUAUCUUGGAUAAGCUGGAGGCUGAAAUCGAGGAAGUCUUUAAACAGAUGGAAAAUCUAAACAAAAGAUUAUGGGAGCUCCAAAAUAAACAUUACCACAUAGAAAAAUCACUUGAUAAUAAGGAAGGGCAUUGAACAUCUGCUUUGAACGCAAUUACAAAAUCUCCAA